ACGUACACGUUCACGCGCACGGGCGGCGUGCUACGACGGGACGGUGCGCGCGCGGCCGACACACAACAUCGCCACGUUUAGUUCGGGACGACCCCCGCGAGCGCGCGUGCCUGUCGUCGCGGUCGCAGUCGCACUGGCACGGUCCCGCCUGUCGCAGUCACAUCGCGUAACGUGUACCGUCCGCAGUGCCGCGCGCGCGAGUGUGUGCCCCGCGACCGCAGUGUUACUCGCGCGAUAAGCUCGUGGCCGGUUACACGGCAGCACCGAGCCGACAGCGACACCGACACAUCCGGACCGGCACGACAUGGACCAGGUGGUCGAUCUGAACGUGGGCGGCGUGUUCUACACGACGGCCGUGUCCACGCUGGUGCAGGCGCAGCCGUCGCUGCUGGCCGACCGUUUCAGCGGCCGGCUCGACCCGCUGCCCAAGGACACUAAGGGCCGGUACUUCAUCGACCGUGACGGCGUGCUGUUCCGGUACGUGUUGGACUUCCUCAGGGACGGUAAGCUGUCGCUGCCCGAGAGCUUUCGCGAGAAGGAACGGCUCCGGCUGGAGGCCGCGUACUACCGACUGGACGGGCUCACCGAGCGGCUCCGCGAACAGAAGCCCGGCUACAUCACCGUCGGCUACCGCGGCACGUUCGCGUUUGGCCGCGACGGCCUGUCCGACGUCAACUUCCGCAAGAUACCACGGAUACUGAUAUGCGGUCGCGUGGCCCUGUGCCGCGACGUAUUCGGCGACUCGCUCAACGAGAGCCGGGACCCGGACCACGGCGAUACGGACCGGUACACGGCCAGGUUCUUUCUGAAACACACGUCUAUCGAACAGGCGUUCGACAUGCUCCAGGAACAAGGGUUCUACAUGGCGGGCAGCUGCGGAUCGGGCACGGCCGGUGGCACGUCUGCGGCCGAACUGAAGCCGGGCGUGGACUCGGAGGAGAGCCGCUGGAACCAUUACAACGAGUUCGUGUUCGUCAGAGACUCAUGAACUCCGGUGAUGAUGACCGCCAUCCCGGGACACGAGGACGACCAGCGCCCACCGCCGUCACCUCCACCGCCAUCGUGUAACCGUGACAUCUCAGACCAAAUACACGCUAUUUUGUAGAUAAUAUUAUUCCGUUUUCGUUACAUUAUCGUUUAUUUAUUCGAUUAAUAUUUGACGUAUAAGUUUACACAAUGUUUAGUGUCAUUAUCAUUAUUGUUUCUAUUAUUAUUAAUAUUACUAGGGUCUAGAAAUAGGAAUAUAUAUUUAUAUAU